AUGAGCGGUGAAGAGCGCAGGUCGGCGGAUGGCGCUGCGAGCGAUAGCUCAGAGGUACCCUCUGCAACACACAAUACUACCACGACCACAUCGUCAGUACCAAGUAAGCUGAGACAUGGUCGCAAGCCAAUGUACGACUCUGAUGCCUCGGCCGAUGGGCUCGAUCCAGCUGUGGAUGACGAAGAGCUGGAGAGAGGAGGCGCUCCUGCUGAAGCGCAGGCACACGAGGCGGACCCUCUGUUGAGAACGAGCAACUCUCGGCGGCAAUCGGGUGGACUGUUCGCGAACGUCUCGCAGAGGUGGUCGGACUUCUUUCACUCUCAGACAGGUGGUCGGGGCUCAGUACGAAGGGGAAAGAGGAGAGAUCUUGGCAGCGCCACCUCAGCAAGACGCGUCUCGAGUGGGAGCAAUUCGCCGAGCUCGUUUGCCGUCUUUCGAGCGAACCAUCCUGCCCUCCUCCGUGCUCUCUGGGUGCUCCUUGGAUUGAUUGCAGCAGUCAUCUUGUUGAUCGUUGUAGCUUUGGUGCACCUAUUCACCGUCACCCUGAAGGCGCCGGACGCGGACGCGCAAGCCCAGAUCUUGGAUCAAAGUCUGCUCGUAAAAGGCCCUGAUGCUGUCUCUUUACUCAACAUCAGCGAUGCCGGCUUGCUCGUGCGCAUUGACGGUCGUCUCGGCAUCGACCCCGACACCGCCCUGGAUCUUUGGCUGGGACAGCGCACAGAGGCUAGCUGGUGGUCCCGCAAAGAUCGCAGCAUCGUCGAAUGGGCACUCGGCAAGAUGGGCGGAGUGCGCGUUGAAGUAGGGCAGUUGCAAUUUGCGGAACCGGACUGGGCUUUGGAUCUGGAGGAGAAGUACCUCGAUCUCAUCCCUUCUGACUCCAAGCGGCAUUCUUCAAGCGAUGCACUUUCGAAGUCCGCCGAGCUCAUCACUUUCGGCUUAGACGGCAGGAGCGUUCGGUCGAAGCCAAACACACAUCCGCCACAAGAUUUGAUGUCCUUUCACAUCGACCCCAUCAUCGUGCCCUUCCCUCAGCUGCGCUCGCGUCUCGAUGAGAGCCAAUCUCGCGAUAACAAGACGCAUCGAGCUCACCAAGAGCUUCGCCCUCUCAAUCUAACGCUGCUCCUUAAGCCUGUCUCGCCUGCUCCGUACCUCAUGGAGGUCGCGAAGGCAGCCAUCAAGCAGCGCAAAGCCACGCUUGACAUCAAAGUUGCUAGCCUGAAUGUCAGAGGGCUGGGAAAGCGUGAGCUCAACCGAGGAGAUGUCAAGGGAGGAAGAUGGAAUGUACCUGGGUGGAUCAAUCUCGGGCAAGGUGACAUUCGCAAGCGUAUCAGUCAGCGAGGUGAGUGCUGCAUGAGCUGCCUUCAUUGGAACCCCUUCUGAUCUGUCAUCACGCGCACAGUUCCCAAGCUCAAAGACUCAAACAGCACGUCCGACUUGCUCGACCUGCAGCGCUACGAGUUCUUCGAGAUUGGAUCCGAAGCCAUCAAGGAUGCUGCUUCAGUGCUGGCUUCUCGCGCGCUGGGCAUCAAAGCUUUUGCCAAAGCGAAAAACCCGUUGGGCGACUUGCUACACGGUCACGUGCGCUACAACUUGCCUUUCGGCGCGUUUCUGCCACUUCCGAAGACGGAAAGCACUGGUCUAAGCAGUGCCGGUCAAGAGGACGCGACCUUGUUGGCAGUGAUCGCUAGCGACCCCUUGGAGCUGACUGGGGCACCCAAUAUUUCUCUAUCGCUGCAAGGCCGUGUCGUGCCGCCAGCAGACGGUAUCGGUGAAAGCGCGGAGACUAGCGGCGAUGCGUACACCAGCGUGCCGGGUGCUGGACAGGCCGCAUUCGGCGUUGCGGAGGACGGUCCGGCUCGCACCGCUGAAACGCCUGCUCAAGCAGCACUUUCCAAUUUCCUCAGUCGCUUCUUGCGCGGAGACCCAAAUACAGUCCUCGUAAGGGGCGGAUCGCCUUUCGCCGAAGGUGACCCACAGAACGAUCCGACUCUUCCUGGAGGCGGAUCGCGCCUGCCAGAGUGGCUUGAUGGGGCUCUGCGGUUGCUCGAUCUGCCAAUCAAUUUCCCGGGUAGCAAAGUGACGGAUCUGAUAAAAAAUGUCACCAUCAACGACCUGAAAAUCACGCCGCAUCCAUUUGAGAAAGAAAAGCUGGUAUGCUCCGGUGUCGUGAUGGGCGAGAUGGCGCUUCCGGGCCAGCUCGCGACGAUUGACGUCCAGAUCACCCACCUCUGGCCGGACAUUCUGGUCUUUGACGGCAAGCCGCCUUCCAUGCGGCACGGAGACGAUGAUGACGACGACGGCGAUGAUGACGACGAUGAUGGGCUCUCUCACUCACGACAAGGUCUACGCUCUUCUACUGAGGAUCCAGAACCACCCGAGCCUUUGCCCUCGCCCUUGCCCAAGCACGCAUUCGGGAGGGUUCGGCCGCACAACUACACAGAGGCCAAGACUUAUAUCGAUCCGACGGACCCGAAGAAGCAGCGCAAGCUGUUGCGCUCGGAGCUCAAGGACGUGCCCAUCACUGUGCUGGAUGGCCGUGGCAAAGAAUUCAGAGCCUACACUUGGAAGUUGGUGACUGGGGAAGGCGCACUGACGGGCAUCGAAGGCAAGGCCAAGGCCAAGAUUUGGAAUUCUGGACUUGGACACCUGACGCUGCAGAAUUUACCAGUCAAGGGAGCGUUCAUGGUAGGCAAGCGCGGCGGAGGCGAUGAUGAUGAUGACGACGACGACUUGUCCUAA